GGCCAAGUGAGAAGGGAGGGGAGCAGGAGCUGUCGCGAUAGUAGGCCUCCGCCUCGUAGGCGGUGUAACUAUGGCGAGUCCGGGCAUCGACACGGAGCAGGAGCCGCUCUUAGGCGACCGCACACCCGGAAGCAGAGAAUGGGAUAUUAUAGAAACUGAAGAGCAUUAUAAGAGCCGAUGGAUAUCUAUUAGGAUUCUGUAUCUUACUAUGUUUUUCAGCAGUGUAGGAUUUUCUAUUGUGAUAAUGUCAAUAUGGCCAUAUCUCCAAAAGAUUGAUCAGACAGCUGAUGCAAGUUUUUUGGGCUGGGUUAUUGCUUCAUUUAGUCUUGGCCAAAUGGUAGCUUCACCUGUAUUUGGUUUGUGGUCUAAUUAUAGACCAAGAAAAGAACCUCUUAUUGUCUCCAUCUUCAUUUCGGUCGUGGCUAACUGCCUCUAUGCAUAUGUCCACGUUCCAGCUUCUCAUAAUAAAUACUACAUGUUGGUUGCUCGUGGAUUGGUGGGAUUUGGAGCAGGAAAUGUAGCAGUUGUUAGAUCAUACAUUGCUGGUGCUACUUCCCUUCAGGAAAGAAUAAGUUCCAUGGCAAACACAAGUGCAUGUCAAGCAUUAGGCUUUAUUCUAGGUCCAGUUUUUCAGACUUGUUUUGCACUCAUUGGAGAAAAGGGCGUGACAUGGGAUGCCAUUAAGCUGCAGAUAAAUAUGUACACAGCACCAGUUUUACUUGGCGCAUUCCUGGGAGUUUUAAAUAUUAUUCUGAUCCUUUCUCUAUUAAGAGAACAUCGUGUGGAUGACUCAGGACGACAGUGUAAAAAUGUUAAUUUUGAAGAAGCAAGUACAGAUGAAGUUCAGUUUCCCCAAGGAAAUAUUGAUCAAGUUGCUGUUUUGGCCACCAAUGUUCUGUUUUUUGUGGUUCUAUUUAUCUUUGCCCUUUUUGAAACCAUCGUUACUCCAUUAACAAUGGAUAUGUAUGCCUGGACUCGAGAACAAGCUGUAUUAUAUGAUGGAAUAAUACUUGCUGCUCUUGGAGUUGAGGCAAUUCUUAUUUUCAUGGGGGUUAAAUUACUUUCCAAGAAGAUUGGUGAGCGUGCUAUUCUUCUGGGAGGACUCAUCGUUGUAUGGGUUGGCUUCUUUAUCUUGUUACCUUGGGGAAAUCAGUUUCCCAAAAUACAGUGGGAAGAGUUACAUAAUAAUUCAAUCCCUAAUACCACAUUUGGGGAAAUUAUUAUUACUCUUUGGAAGUCUCCAAGAGAAGAUCGCAAUGAAGGACCCACUGGUUGCCCAAUUGAACAAGCCUGGUGCUUCUACACUCCCAUGAUCCAUCUGGCUCAGUUCCUCACAGCAGCUACGCUAAUUGGAGUAGGCUAUCCAACCUGCAAUGUUACGUCCUAUACGUUGUAUUCAAAAGUUCUGGGACCAAAACCUCAGGGUGUGUACAUGGGCUGGUUAACAGCUUCUGGAAGUGCAGCACGGAUUCUUGGACCCGUGUUCAUCAGCCAAGUGUACACUUCCUGGGGUCCACGAUGGGCAUUCAGCCUUGUGUGUGGAAUAGUGGUGCUUACCAUCAUGCUCCUGGGUGUGGUUUACAGAAGACUUGUUCCUUUUUCUGUGAGGCAUGGAAGGAUUCAAGAGUAACCUAACUAACUCUAUGAUGGAAAGUACUUAUAUGGGGUUUCUUCUUCCAGGGCUCUGUAAGACAGUUGCUAUGAGUCAAUUUCCAAAAGUCAGGCUGCAAAUAUUAUGUAUUUUGAAUAACAAGAACAUAUAUUGAUUAAUAUAGGGAAUUCUACAUGUAAAUACGAAUAGUAAUAUAAUAUAAAAACACUCUGGUUCAUAAUUUCUGUAUUUCAAAAAGUAUUCUUCAUAUAACACCUCUUUAGCGGUUACAUGAACUCCUGAGUGCACAGUGGUUUAUAAAUAUGAAGUUGUGCUCUUAAUUCAAACUGCAGAGGUGUCAUUAAAAUAAUGAGAAAGAUUUAUGCAGGGAAGCCAUAAGGAGAGUUCUUUAUGAAUUACCAAUAACAAAAAAAAUGAAAUUAUAGAAAUUAUCUACCUAAAUAGAGGUACCUAUGUUUGAAGAUACCUACUUUUUAUUUAUUUAAAAAAUGCAGCUUCUAUUAUCGAAUUUCCUUAUGAAAUGAAAAUCAUGACUCUUAACUUUUCCAUUUACCAUGCCUACCAUCCUACCUUACCUUCUAUAAAGCAUUAUUUUUAAUUCUAUACCUUCUGUCCUAUUUUAGUUCCCUAAUAGGAGAAAGUACAAAUAAUUCUAAUAUUUGAGCAGUAAAGAAGAUUAAGAGAUCAAGAUGGAUUUCACUACCUUUGGUAGGACUAAUUAUUUUUUUCUUUCAAGUACUAAUAAAUAAUUCACUUUAGAAACAUAAGCCAGGUAUGUUACUGUAUACAUAUACUGAAUAGCAAACUGUUUAUUAAAAUUACUGACAUUUUUCAACUCCCUUAAAUUCUGGAGAAAAACUAUUACUUUAAUUAUUUAAUUAAAUUAUUUAAUUUAUUUACUUUUCCCAUUUCUCAGUAGUGACAGGGAAGACACAGCAGUUCCCAAACAAUGUCUAAGUAGCUAUUCAGAACUGCAGAAUUUUAAAUUUGGAUAGGCCAUGACAGCCCCAAUCUAAUUAGGCUAAUAAAUAUUUUAGGUAAAAUUGCUUUAAUCUAACAGUUUACUGAGUUUACUUGAAGUUGGCUAAAUCAUACUCUCUAUGUGUACAUUUCUACCUCUACAUAAAUUGAAUGCUGAUAAAAGGAACUAGUAUAGAAUUAUGUAUGUGGAUAAUCAAUAUUACCAAAAAAUGCAAAAAUAUUUCUAAAUAUUUUUCCAAAUGUUUCCUACUGUAAAUUCUAUUUUCAAAUCUGAAAGCAAACAAGUAAACACUAUAAUCUGCACUUUACACUAUGUUUCUUGUAUUCUUGUGGGGUUUUUUUUCCCUUUUACUUUCUUUCUUUUCUUUUUUUUUUUUUUUUUUUUUUUGGCUUGAAAAACAGAAAUUUAUUUCUCACAGUUCUGGAGGCUAGAAGUCUAAGACCAAGAUUGUCAGCAGGGUUAGUUAGUUUGUUCUGAAGUCACUCCUUGACUUGUAAAUGGAUAUCUUCUCUCUGGAUCUUUUGUUUGUUUGUUUUUACAGCUUUAUUGUGUAAGUUUAAAGUGUACAAUGUGAUGAUUUGAUAAACUUAUAUAUAGCAAAAUGAUUACCACCAUAGCACUAGCCAACACCUCCAUCCUAUCACAUAAUUAUCAUUUCUUUUUUUUUGUGGUGAGAACAUUUAAGAUCUACUCUCUUUGUGACUUUUAAGUAUAUAAUACAGUAUUAUUAAUUGUGAUCACCAUGCUGUACAACAGAUCCCCAGAAUUUAGUCAUCUUAUCACAGGAAGUUUGUUCUCUGACCAACAUCCCAUUUCCUCCACCCCUUAACCCCUGUCAACCACCAUCCCACUCUCUGCUUCUAACAGUUAAGUUCUUUUAGAUUUCACAUACAAGUAAUAUCAGAUAGUAUUGUCCCUCUCUGUCUGACUUCUUUCACUUAGCAUAAUGCCCUCAAGGUCCACCCACGUUUUCACAAAUGGCAGGAUCUCCUUAUUUCUCAUGGCUGAAUAAUAUUCCAACACAUACACACAUCUUUAUUCAUCCACUGAUAGACAUCUGUGUUGUUUCCAUAUCAUGGCAUUUGUGAAUAAUGCUGCAAUGAACAUGGGAGUGCACAUAUCUCUUUAAAAUUCUGCCUUCAUCUCCUUUGGAUAUAUACCCAUAAGAGGGAUGGCCACAUCUUUUGGUAGUUCUUAUUUUUUGAGGAACCUCCAUUCUGUUUUCCACAGUGGCUGCACCAGUUUACAUUCCCACAAACAGGACACAAGGGUUCCCUUUUCUCCACAUUCUCACUUGUUAUUUCUUGUCUUCUUUGAUAAUAGCCAUUUUAACUAGUGUGAGGUGAUGACAUCUUAUUGUUGUUUUCAUUUGCAUUUCCCUGUGGAUUAGUGAUGUGGAGCAUCCUUUUAUGAACCUGCUUUCUUAUACCAUAUGUAUGCCCUUUGGAAAAAUAUCCAUUCAGACCUUAAAAAAAUUUUUUUUUUUUUUAAGUAAGCUCUACCCCCAAUGUAGGGCUUGAACUGAGAUCAAGAAUUACAUGCUCUACUGACUGAGCCAGCCAGGUGCCCCUCCUCUGCACAUUUUUAAAUCAGACUGGCUUUUUUUGCUAUUGAAGUUAGCUGUACUCUUUUUUUUUUUAAUAACCCUAUUUUUAUUUAGGAAUUCAUGUUAAUUUUUUUAUUAAAUGUUUAUUUUUGAGAGAUAGAGACAGAGCACAAGCAAGGGAGGGGCAGAGAGAGAGGGAUACACAGAAUUGGAAGCAGGUUCCAAGCUGUCAGCACAGAGCCCAAUGCAGGGCUUGAACCCACAAACCAUGAGAUCAUGACCUGAGCUGAAGUCAGACACUUAACCGACUGAGCCACCCAGGUGCCCUGAAAUUUGCUGUACUCUUAAAUCCAACUUCUUCAGCCCUAAUAGAAAGCUUAAUCUGACAGAAAUCAUCCCAUGGUUAAAUUUUAGAGAUUGUUUUUACUCUUUUCCACCCCCCAUAGUGAGACUCUGCUUCAGUUAGACUUAUCAGAGCCAUAGCCAGGUUUCUGGCUAUUUGGUCAAGUUCUGGGAUCUCUUUUCCCUGAUGUUCUGCAGCUCCUUCCUCAGUCUUACAUUUUUGGGGCUCUAAUCUUAAAAGAGUAAACUCCACCCUUGGUUUAGAUAGUAAUAGCAACAAUGGUAAUGAUGAAAAUAAUAGCAAACAUUUAUAGAGUUCUUUUCAUAUUGCACGUAAUGUAUAAUGUACAUUUUCAUAGCAGUCUUAUAAAGCAAAGGUGCUGUUAUGACACCAUUUUACAGAUAAAGGAACAGAGGCACAGAGAAAAGAUUUGUCUCAGUAACAGUCUGUCUUUAGAGUCCACACACUGAACCACUAAAUUUUUUAUUGUAUAGGAAAUAACCCAGAAAAUUUUAAGAGCAGUUAAUUGCUUAUUUUAGAGUAAAUCAAGUUAUGCAUACCAAUGACUCCUAUUAGCAGAAAUAUUUGAGAAACAUAAUUGAAGCCCAAUGACUGGGGCUGUUAUCCUACAAUAAUGGACUGUUUCUAUGCAAGAAAGUAUGACAGAGAAGUUUCCCAAUUUCCAAAGACUUAUAAUAUUGAAUAAGAUUCAUAUAAACUAUAACCUUGCAACAACAACUAACACCUUUCCUUUAUUAAGAAUGCUUUCUUUUCUGGGGGAUUAUACCAGCACACAUCUUGGCACAAAAGAAGAUAAGGAAGUGACAUGGGGUGGAGGAGAGAGCAGGGAGGUAAAGUUUGAGGAAAAAAUCACUAACUGAGUUCUUGAGUGGGACGAGUGGAGUAUAAACUGCAAAGGAUGAUAGGAGACCUUAAGGUAUGAAAAACUGAAAAAUAGUAUGCAUUUCAGAAAAGAUACGUUUUUGAAAACCUAAACUUAAUAAGAAAAUGAUUUGUAUAUUUGAAGGGAUUUAUAGCUUCACAAAGCAUCUCCAUGUUACCUUGCUAAACUUGCCUACACUUAAACUCCUCCAGUUAUCUUGCAUAAAGUGAAAUAAAUCCGUAUGUGAUUUUUGUUUUGGGGAGGAUAAACUACUUAUCUGCAUCUGCUCAAGAGUAAUUUAUUGUGAGAGGAUAUUUUAGGUGCCAUUUUUGACUACUGCAGACUUUUUUGUAAUUUAAUGUAUUUUAACAUUGUGAAUGUACAUUUUUAAUAAACAAUUAUUAUGUAUAUGUA